AUGAGCGAAAACGAACCACAAGACGCAAACUACGAUCGGGUUCUGGAUCUUGAUGAAUCACUCCUACGCACAUGUCUUUCGGAGGGUGAGCAGGACAAUCCCGUUGUUGAUAAUGAAGCAGAAAAAACCAAUUUGGAAGACAAAGAAGCCAAAGCUCGAGAGCAUAUGCAAAGGUCACCAACCAAAGAUGAAAAUGUUCUUGGAAAAGAAAUUCCCAAAAAAUUACUGAAGGAAUUGGAUGAUUCAGAACGAAAAAAUGAAAAACAAAAAUCGAAACAGGAAACAGCAGAAACAAAGGUUAUAGAAAAAAAAGUCGAACAACCGAAUGCAGAAAAUGAGAAGGAAAAAGAGAAAGAGAAGAAAGGAUCGAAGGAAUCGAUAGGAGGGAAAAACUCGAAGGACAAGGAGACGAAUAAAGCGGUGGAAACAAGCAAGUCAGCACUGGCGGAAAAAUCUAACACAGGCAUGCAGAAGGCGCUCCAACUAGUUAGAAGAGGAAAGCAAGGGAACGUGCCCUACAAGCCCGGAAAGCUCAGCAAUCUCAGGAGUUCUCGAAAAUUCGACAGAGAAAAUCGUUGUCUAGAAAACGCGCAAGCAAAUGUCUAUCCAUUCGUAAAAUGUUAUCAAACAAAGGAAAACCUAAAGCAAGGAGCAAUUGAAUUCCAAAGAAGUUUAUUGAUUGACCUAUUAUUCAACGCCUACUAUCAAUUUGAAUCAGAUUUCUACGAAGAACGUACUGUAAUCAGUUUUAAACGUUUUACCAACAUUGAUCCAGCUUCACCAAGUGUAGAUCAUACGCAGAAAGCUCUCAGCAAGCACAAAUUGCCGUUCGCAUUCUGCGUCGAAUGGUUUGUUUCACAGUCGGGUCAAAACGAUGUGAAUCUCGGUGGAAUUGCGUAA